GGUUGGGGAUUGGCAGGAGUCCGGGAGCGGAAGCGGAGCGCAAGUAAACAAGCUGUCAAUCCCGAGCCAUUGCAUCGUAGGAACCGGCGGAGCAGCAGGGAUGGGCGCUGCUCUCGGGGCUUGCUCUUUGGCAAGUUGGAUACCGUGUUUAUGUGGCAGUGCACCAUGCCUUCUUUGUGGAUGCUGCCCAAGUGGGAAGAAUUCAACAGUGACUCGAUUGAUUUUUGCAUUCUUUCUGCUGCUAGGAGUGGGAGUGGCUUGUAUUAUGUUAAUGCCAGGAAUGGAAGAGCAGCUCAAAAAGAUUCCUGGGUUUUGUGAUGGUGGAAUGGGUACAACCAUUCCUGGUGUCCAUGGAAAAAUGAACUGUGAUGUGCUGGUUGGAUACAAGGCUGUGUACAGAGUUUGCUUUGGCAUGGCAAUGUUCUUCCUUCUAUUUUCCUUGCUGAUGAUUAAAGUCAAGAGCAGCCAGGAUCCAAGGGCUACAGUACACAAUGGAUUUUGGUUCUUUAAAUUUGCUACAGUGGUCGCAAUCACCGUGGGUGCUUUCUUUAUCCCAGAAGGACCUUUUACAACAGUCUGGUUCUAUGUCGGAAUGGCUGGUGCAUUCUGUUUCAUUUUAAUCCAGUUGGUUCUACUCAUUGAUUUUGCCCACUCCUGGAAUGAAUCGUGGGUUGAAAAAAUGGAAGAGGGCAAUUCUAGGUGCUGGUAUGCAGCACUGCUAUCCGCAACUGGUAUGAACUACAUUUUGUCCUUCAUUGCCAUAGUUCUCUUCUACUGCUACUACACACAUCCUGAGGGCUGCACUGAGAACAAAGUCUUCAUCAGUUUAAAUAUGUUGUUAUGCGUGGCAUCGUCUGUUAUGUCUAUCCUUCCAAAGAUACAGGAGUCCCAGCCUCGGUCUGGUUUGCUGCAAUCCUCUAUUAUCACCUUGUACGUCAUGUAUCUAACAUGGUCUGCAAUGACCAAUGAACCAGAUCGAAAAUGCAAUCCAAGUUUGCUGAGCAUGAUUGGGUACAACAGCACCGGAACUCAUGUCCCUGGUCAGGUCAUCCAAUGGUGGGAUGCACAAGGAAUUGUUGGACUGAUCCUAUUUUUGCUGUGUGUUCUUUAUUCAAGUAUUCGAACAUCAACAAACAGCCAGGUUAAUAAACUCACUCUAACAAGUGACGAAUCUACACUUAUAGAAGAAGGAAUUGCUCGAAGUGACAGCUCACUGGACGAUAACAACGAUGCACAUCGUGCAGAAGAUAAUGAAAAAGAUGGCGUCACCUACAGCUACUCCUUCUUUCAUUUUAUGCUGUUUUUAGCUUCCCUUUACAUUAUGAUGACAUUAACCAACUGGUAUAGCCCUGAUUCAUCUUAUGAAAUGACCAGUAGGUGGCCAUCAGUUUGGGUGAAGAUUUCUUCCAGCUGGAUUUGCAUCAUACUCUAUGGGUGGACACUGGCCGCACCACUUGUUUUGACAACUCGUGAAUUUGAUUGAAGAGCCAGUAUUUAAAAAGCAUGUGGUUUGCUGUUGCAAUACCUAGCUUGACUUGUGACUAAAUUAAAAAGCAGUAUUUGAAGAUCAGUGUGUAAUUAUACACAUGGGUGUUAUGACAUGGUAAAUUUUAAUUUAUUGCAUGGCUAAUACCUCAGCUUUAUAAUGUUUAACAGAUUAAAUGGAUAAACGUGCUGAUAAUUAGAAUGAAUGCAAACAUCAAAUGUGUUACAUUAAUAGAGAUGGUAAAUGUCAGUGAUCGCCGAUUAAAGUAUUGUGCAUAUUCAAUAAGACAAAGUAGCUUUUACUUGCUUUUGUGUCUUUAAAUAUGUAACUGAUUUGUAUACAUUUUGUUUGGUGACAAGCGUAAAGCUAGUCAUAUGUAUGUUUUAGAUUAGUUUUCAAAAUUUGAUUUGGAAUUUGCACUUAUUGUUUUCAAGAAUUUAAGGAUGCAUAUGAUCAAAUGUUAACUUGAGAGGUGGAUCAGUUUUGCUAACAUUGUGUCUGGCCUUGCUUUAGCAGAUUUAGUUUGGCCAUUGAAAACUAGAAGUGAUUGUGAAAAUAGUUAUGGAUGUUAUUGUAAACAUUAAAUUUAGAUAUGCGUGCC